CUAAUCAACGAGAAGAAGCUUGAUAAGAAAGGCACUAAAUACAAGGAAUCAGGUCGCCUGUUAUUUGCCAACGUCUCCGUUUUUCACGAGAACUCGUUCAUUGAUUACAUCGCUGGUGGGACGCAGCUGGAUUUCUUCGUUGCUAUCGAUAUGACGGCAUCGAACGGUCGUGUUACUGAUCCAUCAUCACUACACUUCAUCGGGAUCGAGCAUCCGAACGAAUAUCAGAUUGCAAUUAGUGCCGUAGUUGAAAUCUGCCAACACUACAAUCAGACAAAAUUAUUUAUGGCCGCAGGUUUUGGUGCUAAACUACCAAACCAGGAUCGAUGCAGCCAUUGUUUUCCCCUGGUGAGUCAAAUUCUUUGCCAGUUUUGA